AACAAAUUUGUUUACAAAGCAAAUCAUAUCAAUUGGUGACAAAUGCAUUCGUUGGCAAAAUAGCUGCUCGCGCUUCACUGUAGGCAGAUAUCUACAAUCAGCGGUCGAAUUAAAAACAGUGCAGAAGGAUGUUUUGAGUAUAUUUUACCUUCUAGCCGCGCAAUCAAUGCUUUUCUUUCCAAGCAAGCAGCGUUUUUCGGCAAAAGCAUGAAAUAGAAUCGUACGUGGUACGAAUUUAUCGGCACAAUCUGAUCAAGGACGGAGGCAUCAUCAAACGGAAACUACGCGAAAAACUUUUCGAAGAGAUAAAACUGCGCCGCAACACUCGUGUGAAAAUGGACGAGUUGGGCUGGGUGCUGAUGAACCACAAUUUGAUAACACGUAAUGAGCCAAUCCAACAGCAUGCCAAUGGUAAUCGACCAAAUCAUUUUAAAUUGAACAUGGAGCGGUUGUGCAACCUACUGGAGCAGCAAGAACACAACAAUCACGCUGAGUUGACUUCCAAAAAGCAAAACAAAUUCCUGCGUAUGCUGGAUGCAAUUUUACAAAACGACAUAGUUUUGAAGGAAAUUAAAGAGAUGGUAGCGGCGAAUCGACUUCUAUCGGAAAUUCGUUAUGUGACUACGGUGGAACGUAUGCUGAAACACAAUUUGGACCCCUCUUUGCGCUGCUGCUUUGUAUGCCGAGAGUAUUUCCGCACUGCCGAUGAGUAUACCAGUCAUUUCGAAAAAUUGCACGGUGAGAAAUUUCUUAUUGUUGCGGCGGUGGAUCGAUUUCAGACUAGUCAAAAGUUCAACGUUCUACAUCACUACAAUGCCCUUAAUCCGGUGACAAUAUUCACGAUUUGCAACGUAUACCACACAGCCCUAAUAAAAAAAAAACAAGAAAAGACGGGUCUAAUAUUUUACAAUAAAGUCUACAAUCUACCACUUUCCACGAAAAUCGGAGAACCACUAUAUCGGUUAGACAUGGAAUGGCUGAUACAUAUAAGGCAGAAAAAAUGUUUAACUUUGGAAUUCAACAUCCUAUAUUUCCUCGUACCAUUAAGUUCAUGGCGCAUUUGAUGUCGGUCAUCGUAACUGCUUCUAUGGAAAUGACGUGAGCAUAUGAUUUGAUUUUUGAUUUUUAUCUCCAUCUCGGAGAAAAGUGUGGUAAACAAUGU